AUGGACAAACGACUUUCAUCACCUUUCAGCCAAGCUCGAUAUGCUGUGGAGAUAAUAACGGAUAGGAUAAAAAGCUGGAGGGUUGAAGGAUCAGGAGAAAGUAGCGGAGGACAAGAAGAGGGGUAUAGGUUAUUAUCAUGGAGGAAUAGCACCAACGAACAAAGGCAAAGUGGUGGUAGAGGUGGUGAUAUCGUUUUGGAGAAUGAAGAUGAUAUCAUUAUGAACGUAAAUGAUUCACCACCGCCGCCUUAUGAUAUAGAUGUAGAUAUAUCUACAAUAACAGAUCAACCACAUCCUCAACAUCUUUAUCUUCCUCAUCAUUCCAACAGACGGUUUCAUCUUGAUCCAAUCUUACUUCUCAUCAUCCUUCUAUCAAUAGGAUUUGCAAUUGUCCUGUUCAUGAUAUUCCCUUUCCCGACUACAAUACCAGCUUUCUUAUCCAUUUUGAUCAGUUUAUCUGGUUGGACAAUAUUGACUUGGUCAAAGAUAUUACACGCAUUUGUCUUCCAAUCAAGAGAGAAAUCGACCAAUUUCUUCAAUCGGUAUUCGAAUACAAAGAGAACGAUAAUCGUAGCAACGACUCUGUUUUUGUUAUAUUUGGCUUGUUUAGGAGUCUGCGCUCCGGAGGAAGAUUUACCUAGGUUGGUCAACAAAGGAUCAGAAAAAUACUUUAUAGCUGCCAAUCUACAUGAUAGUGAAGAUAUCUUACCUAAGUGGUCUGAAGAAUUAGUCAAAUUGAUAGAUCACCUUGGACACGAAAACGUAUUUGUAUCGAUAUACGAGUCCAACUCACAUGACUCGACCAAAAUGCUCCUAUCUAGUCUGAAUCAAACUCUUUUCGAAAUGGACGUUGGCAGACGAAUCGUCACGGCGCAAGAUGACAGACAUUCUUGGCCAUAUAACACUUCUCCUGAAAGAAUAGGUUAUUUAGCAAAUGCGAGAAACAAGGCUUUGGAACCGAUUCAAAGUCCUAGUUCAGACGUCCGAUUGUCAGAUCACCAAGCUUUCACUAAAUUGAUUUUCUUGAAUGACGUCUUCUACACCUGGAAGAGUAUCGUCAGAUUGUUGGAUACCCAUAUAGAUGGAAAGGAUGAAUAUGACCAAGUUUGCGCUAUGGAUUUUGGUACUUCAGGUUUAUAUGACACUUGGGCUUCAAGGGAUAUCUGCGGUACACCGUUGCGACCAUUUUGGCCCUAUGUAAAAGACGAAAUCACAAUUGAUAAAGUAAGGAACGAAGAAUCAUUCGAAGUGUCAUCCUGUUGGAACGGAGCUGUUGUUUUCAAAGCUGGACCCUUCUUAUAUCAACCUUCUAAGGAAACUAAGGAAAAACUGAAGGAUGAAGCCUCUGAACCAAUAAAUGAGGACGUAGAUACUGAAGGUGAUAGGCGUUUCUUCAAAAGAGGUUGGAAGAUGGUCGAUGAUACUACAUAUCCAAAUUCGGUUUUCUCACCUUCACUCACCUUGCCUAUACAAUUUAGGACAUCGAACAUAUCAGCUUGUGAUCAUUCAGAAUGUUUCUUGAUUGGAUAUGACUUGCAUCGAUUAUACGAUACAGUGGAUCGACCACCUAGGAUAUAUAUGAAUCCAACUGUCAUGCUGGCCUACGAGAAAAAUUGGUAUUUCUGGCAUAACACCGUGUUGAGAAUACCUGUUAUAAAAUGGUGGUUGGAAAAUUGGAGUAGAGGAUAUCCAUUCAUGUUUGUAGAUUGGAUUUGGGAAAAUGCUGGUAGACGAAGAGAUUACUGUACUUGGUCAGCUUUAUCGGCACAUCUACCAGAUAGAUGUCCUCCUCUGCCAGGGGCUGAGAAUAAAAACUGGGAUCAGUAG